AUGGAUCCACCGGAAGGGUCACAGCCACAACAGCAGCAGCAGCAAAGCCAAAAAAACCGUUUCUCCUUCUUGCUGCAUGCCCCCGUUCAUCAGGCCACGUUCUUUUCCCUGACGCUCGUCGAGGAGUUGCUGCGGUGCGCCCGCAAGGUGGAGCACGAGUUCGGUCUCCUCUCUCUCCCCCUGCCGCAGUCGCGCGAAAGUACGCGGGUACUCUCACGCAUCGUGCAGGAGAAGCGGUACGAGGAGUGCUGGCCAACGCAGCACUCCGCGGCGCAGGACACACGCGGAAGUGGCCCAUCCGCCUCCUACCUUCUUCGCAUCGGCGUUCUCCGUGCGCUCGGGUUCCACACGCCGGGGCUGGACGACCUCGUCGACGACGCCUCCCUCGCCUUGGGGAGAGACAUCGUGGCGGCCGCCCCGGCGCCGGAGGGCGCCGCAGCCGCCCCGCUCCGCUACCGGGAGGCGGCGCAGGAGGAACUGCGGCAUGUGGUGCUGGGGGAGUGGUGCGAAGAUCUCGUUCACUUCACGGCCUACCGCGGGUUCUCGGCGGAGCAGGCGCGGUGCGUCCUGCUCACCGCGAUGCAUCUCAUGAACGUCCUGGCGGACCUCCCGCCGGACGCCACCGACGGGGAGGCGGAACAGCGCUGCGCGCAGGUGCUGGAGGAGCUGCUGGUCGAGCAGGCCUGCGGGAUGCCAAGGAAAGUCGUGGAGACGCGCAAGUUUUGGCGCACGGUGGACUCGGAAGUACCCGACCCGCAGUUUGUGGCUGCCCUGGAGGCGGAAAUUGCGCGGGAGAAGAACAAAAAGCGGCAGAGCGUGCUGCGAGAGCAGAUGAGGAAUGCCCCAACGGUUGUUUUUACACGACGGGAGAUGCAAGAGGAGAGACUGCUAGCCGAGAUUGUGGUGGGUCCCUACUUUACUUUGCACGAGGUGGCGCAGUUACUCGAGUAUUUUUCCUCCUCCGUGGUUCGGCAUUGGAGGCUGUUCCGCGCUUUUUUGGCCGAACCGCAGCCCGUCGAGACACACGAGGAGGUGCAAGUCCAGUGGGAUGUGCGCGGGUUCUGUGUACCGCCGCUUGAGGAAUUCCUGCGGGACGACAUGUAUGCAAUGGCGCAGAAGCGACAAGGCCUCUUGAACGCAUGCGAGGAGGCCAUCACUGGCUCCUUUGAGGAGGAGUUUGAGCAGCCUCUUCGGCAGCUGCAGCGGGAGAAGGAUGAGCUGUUGGCGUGCCUGCGCGAAAAGGAGCUCCAGGCGGAGGAGGAUAACAUUAGAAACGCGCUCGACGGCCCUGGUUACCUGCGGGUGGCCCGCAGUUUUCUGCUUCGCCUGAAUAAGUGCAUCGAGCGCAACGAGGCGGUGGGAAAGCUGGAUGCUGUUGCGAAGCCGCCAGAGUCCGCAGUGCCAACACCAACGCAACCACCACAAGCAGGGCCCGCAGCUUCCACCUUGGCGGGAGCAAAGAAGAGGUCCGUUCAACCACGCAAAGGCUCCGCUCGCGCCAGAGCGGCGGGGAACCGUGCGUCGGUCUCCCCGGUGCCGCCCUCGCCGCCGCCGCCGCCGCCCCUGAACCCGGCGGAUGCGGUGUUUUCGCUGGAGAAGGUGGAGGCGCGUCUAGAGCGACUAGAGCAUGCCGCGCAGGCGGCGGUAGACGCUUUGCGCGACAAGGGCAAAAAGAAGCGUUCCCGCUGA